AUUGGAAACUGAAUAUGUCGAGUUGUGACUUAGUACAGGUUUGCGGUAAAGUACGUUAUUUCAUUCCUGUCAGCGCGAGAGAUGUCAACCAGGCGCAACCGGCAAAGUCGGGUAGCUGCGCUACCCAAGCGAGAUAUGACGCAGAUAAAGGGAGGCAAAUUGGCAUAUUUCAGCAUAGGACCUGCCAGUCUCCAAGCUGUUCGUCCUCAUUCUGCACUACCAUCAAAAGAUUCACAAAAUCAGAAAGAAAGUGCUGAAUUAUAUGGCCGCCCUAGAACUGCUCCCAGCACAAAAAUAGUACAUCGAGUGAAGGAGGAGAUUUCAUUGACCCCACCCACACCUAGAGAACGUAAAGGCAGAAGAAGAUCUCACCAGAAACAGGCUCCAAAGGAGGCUCUUGACGAAUCAUUGGGCCUUAAUCUUUUUGACUUCACGUCAAAGAGUAGCGAUGACACAUCAAGGCGGAGCAGUCAAAUAAACACCCAACAUUUCGACUUUUCUUCAUAUAUUUUACGAGACUCUCCUCAUGAUAAAGAUCAUAAACCGGUGACAACAGAACGUAAAGAAGCCUGGACACAGCCAAUAACCACCAUAGUUGUGUCUCCCCCAGAGGAGCCCCUAGGAUCAGAACAAGAACCUACAAAGAAGUUCUCAUUUGAGACAUGGCUGAGUGGUCCUGAUAUUGAUUCAGAUGAGUUUGACACCGAUUUGGAAGAUGAUUUUCCCAAAGCUCCUGAUAAACCUAUUGACCCAACAGGGCAAUAUAUUUAUGAAGAGGAAUGCCAAAAAUUAGGUAUAGUACCAGUGUCUUACAUUGCACGUCACCUUGGAGACCGACAUUUAGGGAUGCGUCAUCAUUACCUUGGUGGAAAGAGAACAAUCCCCAUUGCUGAAGCCUUAAAGACAAAUACAGUGACAGAAACCUUGGAUCUGACAGACAAUUACAUAGAAGGAUGUGGGGCUUGGUAUCUGGCAGAAAUGGUCAAUAAGAACCUGUUUAUUGUCAGUUUGAAUUUAUCAAAUAAUUUUCUUAAAACUGAAGGUGCUAGAGCUAUUGCUGAUAUGCUGGAAACCAACACAACUCUCAGAUCCCUGUCACUGAGUGGUAAUCAACUCACUGACCUGGAUUGCCACUUAUUUGUUGAGGCGUUGAAACACAAUGUAUCUCUGAUGUCACUGGAUCUAAGUCAUAAUGAAAUAGGAGAAUCUGGUGCCACAUGGUUAGCUGCCGCUCUUGCUGUCAAUGAGGGUCUGACAGAACUAGACUUAAGCUGGAACGCUAUCAGGCAGAAAGGAGCAGGAGCAUUUGGACUUGCAUUAGUGAAAAACAAGUUUCUGGAAGUGUUCGAUUUGUCUUGGAAUGGCCUUGGUACACACGGAGCUGCUGGCUUAGCCAAAGGUUUACAGGGGAACACCAAAUUAAAGGUUCUAGACUUAACAAAUAACCGACUGGACAGCAGAGCAAUGGUGAAAUUCUGCCCCUAUCUCCGCAAGAACUAUGGCAUUGAGACUCUCUUGUUGAACUUGAACCCAGUCACAGAAGCAGGUUUGGAGAUUUUACUGAAAGCAGCCGUGGUGCAUCCAGCUCUCAAGUUUCUCUCUGUAGAGAAGUGUGCUUUAAGGGAGGUGGUUGUGACUCCGUCCAUAUUUGCCAAAAUCUGUGAGCUUGAGGAGAGGAAGAAUCUAAUCAUUGUUCAUGGAGAUGUUACUGGAUACCAGAGGUUUACGGCGCACAGAAGUGUUGUGAAACUGUUUCGCCGCUUCCUUCAGAGUAACCAGUCUCUGCUAGAGUUGACUUUGAGGCAGCAGGACAAAGGCCGUGAGGGGGUUGUGUCAGUGGAUGAGUUGAAGCAUGCUUUCCGAGAGGCAGGAUUUCGGCUCACAAAUAAACAACUUGAUCUACUCAUAGAAGAAGGAGAUCUACUUAAGAAUGGAAACAUUGAUUACAGUGGCCUCAUAGAUGGAAGUGUAUUUGGAAAUUAGACAUCAGCAAAAGUGGACGGACUCUCAUGACUUCAUGGAUGGAAAAAAGUACAGAAAUUUGCAUUCUUAGUUCUCAGCUGAAUAAAUUGAUGGGAUUUAGUUCAAUGGAUUUGUCAAAGAAACAAGACCAUGUGCUUGGAUAAAGUAAAACUGCAGUGGUUAAUGUGUAACUGGAUCAAACUGUGAUUCUUUAGAUACGGUCUGGAGAGGUUACAAUGUCACCACUAGGUGGUUAAUAUACCCAUCCACUAGUAUUGGAUGUAUUGUGAGGGGUCUAAUCGAUAGGCAGCAUAUUGGCGUUGGUGUCAAGUAGGACUUCAAUUCAUUGUUACAAUAAAAAAUUGAUUGUAGUACAACAUCUACAUUGUUAGAAUGUAUCAAUUUUUAAUGUAAUGUCUAUAAUGAACCAAGAAAGAAAUGUUUACAUCCAUUUAAUAGUAUCUGAGUAGGGCUGCCGAACUUUUGCUGGGUCCCUGUUACCAUAAGUAGAUAGGUGAGAAGAUCUGUACAUUGAUUAUAAAAUUUAACAUAAUUUAUGUAAAGGAUAUGCCUUAUAUAGAAGUAACGAACAGUUUUUACGACUUUCGACAAUUUUACAAACACUUCUAUAUUUAGCCUACCUUAAAAGUACGCAAUAAUUAUUGUGUUAUUGAGCAAGUUGUGGUAUUGGUUUUGCAAUUUGCUGAAUGUCUUGAAAGAAAGUAUGUGAUUUUGGAUAGUGUGGUACCAUGUGAAUACCAGUAUGUGGUAGAUACUUGAGUAUUAACAUGAUUUAUUCCAAGACAAACAAAUUUAAAAUAUAUGCAUGUGUUGAACUGUGAUAUUUUUAUGUAUCUUUACCCAACAAACAUUUUUACACCACAAAGAUCUGUGAUAACCAUAUGGUAAUUAAAAGUAUGUAAGGCUGGCAUUUUUAUGUGGCCAGGAUAAAUGAAAAUCAUUUGAUUUUAUGUGACAGACAUUUUUACAGUGAUAAGUACUUGUGAUAUGUAAAAAAAGUCUUAAAUAUUUAUACUUGUUAUGACUUUCAUUCAUGCAUGACCAAAGCUGGAGAGAUUAAUCCAGAAAACAUUAUCUCCACUUUCAACCAAUCAGCGUUGCUUCUGUAUGUCUUUAAAGGAGUGUAGAAUACUGUGCGCCACUGUCUUCUUCACUCAGUACUUUUGCACUGUAAAGUAAUAUUAUUCAUCAUUAUGCACAAGCUCAUCUAUUGUUUAUUGCCACAAGGAUUAUGUAAGGUUUGUGUCAACAUGAAAGCAGCUUUCAGAACCUAUGGUGUUCUGUCUAAACUCACACUAUUUAAAUAACCAUGUACCCUAAUUCCUCUAAUUUUUGGGACACCUUGUCUGCUCUUUUUAGCCAACCCAGAUAGCAUUCCAGCAUGGGGCCCAUAUGAAUAGAUGGCUGAGUAUUGCACUCUACAGUAAAUCAAUUCGUCCCAUGAUAUUGUUUUAACUGUAAAUGCUGGUGGAUCACUAACCACAUCAUUAACAUCACAAAUGUGAAUAUAAUAUGUAGCCUAAGUGAAACCCGCAUGGGUCCAACAUGAGCCCCAUAUACACAAAGUUAAGUGGGAAUUAAAUGGGUUUACCUAUGUGGGUUCAAUAUGGGCUGAACGUUGGAAAAUGUUAUUUUUUUACCCACAUGCUACCCAUAAGGGAUCCAUAUGGGCUUUUAAUGAGAAGAUAAGUGGAAUUUUCCCAUAUUCUACCGCUGUGGGCCCCACAUGGGAUAUACAUGGACAAACCCAUGCCCAUAUGGGACCCAUCUAAGUAUGCUAUCUGGAAAUAUACAUGGAGCUGUAGCAGGAAUAUUUUGUUUUUUCUCUUUCAUAUGGUUAGUCCGUCCAGUGGACAACAUAUUCAUAUCUGUGCUUUUCCAAAAAAAACUUAGAAAGAAAUGCUUUGCUUUUAGCACUACUAAUAUCUGUUCUAAAAAUUUUAAAAACAUGUAGCUGUCUGUCUUCUCCCACCUUGUCUGUGAAUUCCAAAACAACUUCAAUGAUUAUUGUUACAGAUCAGUAACAGUGUUGAGACCAUGACUAAAUUUGUUUUGUGCUGUGUACAGUUACAGUAUUGUUACCUCAAUGGAGUACCAAUUGCUGAUUGGUCUCCUCAGUUCAUCCAUUUCCAUGACGGAAAAUGCAAUUUCAUUUUAGGUAAUACCUCUACUUCAGCUCACUCAAAUCCCAUGGCGUUCCUCCUAAAGGACUUCCGGCUUCGGAUAGUAAUUUCAGUAAUCAAAAUUUGCCCAGAACAUGUCUCCAGUUUUCUAUAUGAUCCAUGUUUUUGGGGACUAUGCAGCCCCUGGACUCUCACCUGCUUAAACCCUCCAUCCCAAUUUCCAUGAUGUUCUUACAUCUGAUACUGGCAUGGUACCCUGAACUUACUAUUCAGGUCUGUUUGUUGCUGGGGUAAAUUUUUGACAUUUACCAUGGCUAUCCUUAACCACUGGCGAGUAGAUCAGAUUUUUUGAUGUCAUAUCUUCUAAUAUGGACCUUUCACUUAACAAGGGCCAGAGUCAAGACGACAUUGACUUGGUGCAGGAUGUCGCAGCUGUUCAGAAUUAUUUCAUUAAAAAAUAUUUUAAAUGUAGUUAAAUUUUCGUAAUACUUUCUGAAGCUCUUCAUUGUUUUAAUUUUUGAUUAUGGGUUAUACAGUUCAUAAUGUUACAUGUACAAUUGUAGGCCUACAUGAAAGAUGUGAACCUGCUAUUUUGCUGCCCCAAGUUUUUGUUAAUGAACUGUUCAGAUUCAAACCUGCUCAAGGUCAUCAUGGCUAUAUAAUGGGGAAUUUGUAAAACUCUUUGCCGUCUGUAUCAAGACAGUCCAAAACUGUGAACUCAUUUGUUCUUUACUUUAUUACGUCGCAAUUAUCGGUGUAUGUGUGCUCACCAAACAUAUAUGAAGUACACACGCACUGCAAAGUCACAGAAGAAAACGAUGCCUUCAACUGUCAUUUAGGCCAUCUGUUUAGAUCGCCCUAGAGUUUCCCAUUGUGAUUCACCUCUUUUAAGUCAUAUUAAGUGCAGCCAAUACAAGCAGUGAUACAUGUUAUUCUUUUAUUUCUGCUUUCUGUUAUUGAACUGCGCAAAACUUUCCAUGCACAUUGAAUGAAGAGACAUUUAUAUUGUAUGGGUUUCAGCUUGAUUUUACAUUGAAAAAAGCAUAUUUUUUGUUUAUGAUUGCAUGUACUUUGCAAUCUUUUAUUUUUACUCAGUCACUUAUUACUCAGUAACUGAUCUCAUCAGCUACAGUACAGCUGUGUUUUUCCAAACAUCUACUUAUUUUUUAUUUGAUGUUAAAAUGCACUUUUCACAGAGUCAUGUACAUGAAGCUUAAUACAUGUUACUGGAUUUGACUUAUUUGUUAAGAUGUCAUUUGUAACAUGUUCAAAAUGUUAAUCAAAAUUUAUAAAUCAAAAUUACGUUAUACAUCUGUAUUUGUGAUAAAUUUGUUUAGACAAUCUUUUCUAUUGCCUUGUACAAGUAUUUAAUGCAUGAUGUUCCUGAAAGAUGUAAUCUUGUUUUAGUUGUUAAAUAGCCUGCCUAAUGAAGCUAAUGUGAAAAAUAAUAAUUGUUACUUUUAAUUAUUGGGUUGUUAGUAUCACCAGAAAUCCAUUAUCUAGAAGUAUGCAACUUCCUUACACACACAGCUAGUCUCACAACUUACACUUUUCUUUGAUCUCUAACACAUUACGUGAUGUAUCUGCGCAGACAUGGAUUUUUUUCUCUAUUGUGCAGAAAAAGUUUGAAAAAUGUUUGAUGCAUGGUGGGAAAAAUGUUCCAAAUGCUGUUGUUUUGAAAUAAACGUAAAAAAAAUUGCGACGGAGAGUUUUGUAAAAGGACAACAAUGUCUUUGAAAGUAACUGUUUUAGAGUUAUUUCAAAAUUUAAAAAGAGACAAUUGGUUCUUAACUGUAAAGCAACAAUGAUUAGCGAAAUCAUAGAUUUUAAAUUCAGAGUUUCGGUUUCAAUGUGUGACCAUUUCUUGUAGGAGCUGUUUACAUUAGAUUUCCUAUGAUUCAGUUCACAAUUUCCACUCAAGAGGUUGACCUGUUUCUCCACUAGGUUGCUCAAGCUUCUACAGAUGACGUAACAUGUGUAAUGUGUUGUGGAGACUGGCUAUAGGGAGGUUGCAUACUUCUAUGUAAUUAACUUCCGGUAUUACUCAAGCAUUUUUUGUCAGAAAACAAUUAAAUGUGUGUGUUUUUUUUGGUUUUAUAUUAUGUGUAACAAAUAAACAGUGCCUCUUGCUAGGCAUAGAGAACCAUGA